AUCUCAUUCUGGGACCACAGAUUUGUCUUGUGACUUAGCAAUGGCGGAUGGAAACGAUGCAAAGAAACAUUGCAAAUAUGGUUCGAUGAAAAGGCUGUUUACCUGAACGAUGGAUGCGACAAGAAUAUUAACAAUAACAAGAAAUAUUGAGAACCUGAGCGUACCGGUUAAAUCAUCGACAGGCUUAAAGUAUACUGCCGUGGCACUUGCAAAAACUUUGGUUUGUCUUGGUACAAAUACUGGAAGCACAUACAUAUUUGAAAAUGAAACACUGAAACUGAUUAAAUUCAUCGCAAGCAAGGGAGGAAGCAUUCAAAUUCUCAAAUUUUCAAAAGAUGAAAAACUUUUAGCCAUUGUUGACAGCAUUGGCAUUGUCACCUGCCUAGAAGUAAAUGAGGAGAAAUGUGAAAUUUCUGUUGUCAAGGAAAUUGAGGAUCACAAAGGAGCAAAAAUCACAUGCCUGUGCUGGGAUGAUGACAGUGCAAGAUUGUUUGUUGGUGAUGAAAGAGGAAUAGUUACAGCUUUUAUUGUUGCUGCAUUCAAAAUGCCAGCAGGGAAAUUCUUGUCAAAGAGUUCCAUUGAGGUUGUUGUUAAAGGAGAGUCUCCAAUAGUUCAAUUGGAUUAUUCAAAGCUGAAACUUUUGGUUUCAACAACAAACAGAACGCUCCUUUGCCUCACUGACAAAUCAAAAUAUCAACAAAUUGGGUCAAAACCAAGAGAUGGAAAGUUUGGAUCGUGCUUUCUACAAUAUGUGAACGGAGAAUUUCCUGUAAUUUACGCAGCCCGGCCUGGAUCAAGGUUGUGGGAGGUUGACUUUCAUGGACAAGUUCUAGCAACACAUCAGUUCAAAUAUCUUCUUGCCGUGCCACCGAAGAAGAUUCAUGGUUUACGAGAAAACAAAGAUUUUAUUAGCGAAGAGAAUUGGGACAAACCACAGGCUGUUCCUUUCCCGAAACUUAUACCAAUUUGCAAUCGAUACGUGGUGACAUGGUCUCAUCUUGGCUUGUAUAUCUUGGACCCCAGCCUUGGAAAAAUUGCUGGAUGGUAUGACGAAAUCAAAAUUAAAGACAUUUCUUGCAACCAAGAAAAUAUUUACAUUAUUUGUAAUGAUGGUCAAGUGUUUGAAGUUGCAUACUUAUCCGUGAAAGAUUGUCUCAAAAACCUCAUCGAUAUUAGCGAACACACACAAGCAGCUAAGGUGGCUUUACACUCUCGGGAUGAAAUAUUAAAGAACGUUGAAAGUUUCUUAAGCAUUGACUUUGAAGCCGUUCAAGAAAAGAUUCAGGAGUCAGACGAGUCUGCAGCCAAGGAGGAGCUGCACAAUGCUUUAGAAGACUUUAUACGGCAACUACAUGCAAGACAUUUCGAAGUGCGAGCCGAGAUUCAAGAGCGAUUAAACCGAAUACCCAUUGUCGAUGAAUCGUGGACACCUUGUGAUUCUGGUGUCGAGGACAACGAUGACGUAAAAUCGAACCAGAGUGAGGUUAUCAGCGAGACGAGCAGCAGAUUGAGUUUCACGCGUCUGCCUCAUGUUGAUGUGGACAGGGUUUUGAGGAAGGCGACCCGCGCGGUGGUGAACAAAGUACUUUCAUCAGGGUUUAUGAAAAAAGCCUUAAAUGAAGUACUAGACGAAGAUUUGCCACGUUCUUUGAGGACACGGAAUAAAACAAGUAAUUUGGUAACGAGGCAGUCUCCUGUGCAGGUGGAUGGAAACAAAAGCUUUUUAGAGGAGGAAAGUCCGCAGAGCACAAGUGAAGGAUUACAUCAAACAGAAGCAGAUACAGAAGGGAAAACAGAAGAAGCAAUUAUAGACAUGGGAAACACAGAGAUGAAAAUGUUUCAGGCUGCCAUGGACGAUGAGAAUUCGCCAAUUACUCAAGAUAAAAGACCAAAUGGAUCAAACAACAGAAGAAGAAGAAAGGCGAAAAUAGUAACUGUUGAUUUUGCAUCACCGGAAAAAGAUGACAUUUUCAAAAUAGCAACGUAUGAAACUGUGAAUAAAUCACAUGCCCGCCGGUUGCUGUCCUCUGAUUCUGCAAAUUCUUACUCACCUCUUGCAGACAUAAAACGACUAUCUUCUGCACCGCAUGAUGUGAGAAGUUUAGAUUUUGAUGUUGAGUCAGCAGCGAAAAGCACCCAGAUUCCGGCGCAGGAGUCAACUGAAAUGGCUGAACCGCACCCCUUUUCCCGCGAGAAUAUAAUGGAAAAAGCAAAGAAGCUUGUUCGCAAAGUUAUGCAACCUGGAGUCCCAGUUCCGUUUGAUGUGAAAACUGAAAACAACAAAGCAUCAGAUGAAACACUGGUGGCAGGCCGUGAUCAUCUCAACUGCUUGUUGGUUUCAGAGGAUGCAAUGAAAAUCAUACCAAAGUUUGUUGAUGUCACUGCUGUGUGCCGGAACAAAUUACGGGAUUCGCGUGUCUUGUUCAACUCAAAAACUGUCAAGAAAAUCCUUCAAGACUGGGCUGAAAAACUAAAUGACACCGUGAAGGAGUUUUCUUACGCAAUGGCUGAAAAUAUAAAAAAGAAGAACACAAAACAUAUUCUGACGAAAUCAGACACUGAGUUUCUCCUUAUGCGGACACGUGAAGAAUUCUUCCAGAAUUUAGGUGCUGCGUUUAGUGAAGUUUCUAAUUUAGCUGUUCUUUGUUAUGAGGCAGGAAUUUUCCCUACCUCUUGUUCAGAUCUUGAAACCCUGGAAGCGAGUUUAAUCGAAAAUGAGACUACUUUUGAGGAAAUCAGGAAAAAGGUGAACGAGAUUCUAAACCAGGAUGAUAGUAAAAUACAACGACCCGAUGUUGACAAGGAAUUAAAGAAGGAUAAAGAGUCGGAUAAAGUUACUUUAUUGUCACUUGCAAAAAGCAGUGAUGAGAAACAGUUGGAUAAACUGUUUUUUAUAAGCGACGAGGAAGUUAAAAAUUAUUUGGGAGAUGACGAUAAUUCAAAUCUCUUGCAAGAAAAUUCAGAUGAUACAAGUCAAAUGUUUGAUAAACAGUUUGGUGGUCCGUUAUUAGAAGAUUUCGACCAAGAUGCUUUGACGGAAGCUUCGCAUGACUCGAUAUAUGAUAACAGUCAAGGACAAGUUUUGUCAGUCGAGGCGCUCGAAAAUCCUUUUGAAACUAGAAAUAAAUUUGACACGGGCCAUUUGCACGAUGCACCAUCAGUCGUUGAAAAGAACCGGAAUAGUGGGACUGUUCAACAGGAUGAGCCAAGUCAUUUAGAACCAGGGUCUCCUGACGGCGACCGCCAGUUCUCAGAAGGAGCCAAAAAUACACAAGAAAAAUCGAUCAAGCCGAAAUUAAGCGAUGACGCUUUUGAAACACAGCAAAAUUCAAAAGGCAAUAAGGCUCACGUUUGCUUUGAAUCAAAUGAACCCCAUUCCGGUUUGUCGUCGUCGUCAAAGAAUCAAAUUAUACACAAUCAAGAGACGGAGCUAGCAAAAUCAAUUCCGCGGACAUCAAGUUUCAGGGACUACGUUGAAAUAGCUGUUCCGAGAAAAAUCCAUUUUUUCGAUGAAGAAUUAGAAUGGAUUUUAUGCACCUCUGAAAAUCCAUCAACGUGUGAAAGUUGUCGCGAAGAUUUUUGUCGUGCGUGUUUUGUGCUACGGUAUUCUCCUUUGUUGGACUUGACUAAAAUCCGGACUGUUUUAAACUGGAAACAAGGAUGUAGAUGGAGAACCUGGAUUGCAUAUCUAAUUCAUCUUGAAGAUACGGUUCCUCCGCAAGAAUUGAAAUCUGCCAUUGCUGAUGAAGAUUUCGGAAAAACUGCUCGAAUGAUGCAUGAUUCUACAAGUAUUGAACAGUUUCUUUCUUGCGUCAGGGGAUUGCUACCAUCAUCUGCUGGCCUCGUUUUUGAUAUAUGUACCGAAAAGCACAUUAAUCCAUGGGAGGUUUGCUUGAUAUACAUGAUGAAUCCAAACGACGUUGGAGUCUCAAAAGACUUUCUUGGUUAUGUAAGCACCAUCAAAAGGAUGAGGCCCUCUUCGAAUGCUUUGGAUGACACCACUGUUGCGAUGACGCUACUUUACUGCGCUCUUAAAGAAACCAGUGCAAAAAGCAACAUCAAAAUGCGUUACUGUGGCUGCGGAGUCGCGCGGGAAGGUUCUCAUUGGUUACCCUGGAAGGAGAAAGGCUUUAUUGAUAACGUCUUAAUGAAUGCUGUGAAUUCAAAUGAUUGUGGAAUAGUUUGUCGGAUGUUCGAGCUAUGUCGAAAAUAUGGGUACUGGGUUGGUUGCAUCAAAGUGCUACGUCAUCUUGGACAACACAAGCAAGUGUUUGAAGUCAUGAGCCAGCUGGGAGACUUUCGGCUUUUGGACGAUUACGUCAAAGCCGAGACAUUCAGCAUACAAGAUGAUGACCUUAAACACCUUUGCAAUUUGAAGUACCACAUAAGAGACGGUCCACACAAAUGCAGACCAGCUGUUCCGGAUUUUACACGAACCAUAACUGAUGAAUCACUUGCAAGGCUUCUUGUAAGGGAACUGGGCCCUAAAGAAGCACUAAAGAUGUUGAAAUAUUUUAAAGAAGAAUUUGUUCCUUCAAGUCAAUUUUAUUACGCAUGUUUGCAGAUAUCCGAAAAAGAGCUUGAGCAAAGGCAACUUAUAUUGAAAAUGAUGGAAAGCCUGAAUAGCCUUUCUUUCAACGAAAACAAAUCGAUGCUUCAAACACAGAUUGAGGAAUUGAAGAACAGAGAACUUAGUGGUGAUUUGCCCAGUGAUGAGGCAUUGGUUAUGGAAGAUUCGUAUUCGACGGAUUUGCAAAGCUCUAACCAUUGGGGAGUCAGCCUAAAUAUCUCGAGUUCGCAUUGCCCAAGCUGUACCCUACCACUGUGUAUUCAUGGAGCAUCUACUAAUGCUGGUUUGGUUGUUUUCGACUGUGGCCACACGUUCCACAAGCAAUGUAUUCCUGAAGAAUCUUGCAUCAUAUGUUACUAUAAACUUGACAAGUUUAUCCAAUAGUUAUUAUUUUAUUUCAGUCUAAUAAUUUUUCUUCUUGACUUUAGUUAAGGCAUAAUUUUAAAUUCAAAUGUAAUAUAUACAAGUUCUCACAAAGAAGACACAACAUGACAUUCAAACAGAAGAUGUGUGGAUCAUUUAUGCUAUGAUUUUGCGGAAAGAUUUCCUUAAAGAAUUGCCUGUCGGCAAAAAGCGACGCUUGCAUUUUAAAAUAACAGUUGUUUAUAUUACAACGACGUUUCGUCUCUAAUUUUUUUACUUUAAAUGCUUUCAGCAAUCGUGUUACAUGCUGAGGCGGGUCACUUUGAACUCGUCAAUCCUCUACGAUUCGUUUAAGUGAAAAUCUCAAAUUACACAUAAUGAUUCGAUCAGGUUAAACUGACCUGCCUCACCAUAGAAUAGCAUGACAUCGCCCGACGGAGGAGCAUGCCAGUUACAUCUGUUAAGCGUUCUGUCUGCUGACAGCGCAUAUUUUUUGCUACCGCUGACCAUUAUGCGUACAACUAUAAAGCAGAUCCUACAGAUAUUUGCCUGUCGUAUCUUUAAUCAUUGUUUUUGUAAGCAAGAUUCGUUAACUGAAUUUCAAAUUUUUGAUAAUUUUGCCAUUUUUCAUGUUAAAAGUCAGUUGUUUUGAUUAUCAAAAAUACUUUUGUUGUAAAAAGAAAUUUACUGUUGAAUUAAUAUUUGUAAUGAUGCAUUUUAGAAUUAGCUUGAGUUCCAAGAAUGACAUAGAUUUAAUUUUAACGUUCUGAUGUUUCAAUAGCAUGUCACUGCUUCAUGCUUCAUGCUAUGAACGGUCUAUGUGAAUCGAGUAUUUCAGUAAAAAAGAAAUAAGUUCAUCACUAUUUUUAUAGAGAUAAUUAUAACCAACACUGCUGCGUUUGUAUAUUUCAGAAAUUCUGAAAUCUCUCAGUGUCCAUUGAUAUUCAGUUGUUAAUCACCGCAUAAUUUUUUUUGCAGAAAUAUAUUUUA